AUGCUCGAACAAACGCAGAAUUCGUCCGUUCUUGACGGAAUUCGCUUUCAUAUCUGGUAUUCUAUGAUCCCGCUCGAAAGGAGGAAACGUGGUCUCGAUCGAGCUGCUAUGGAGGCCUGCUUUGCCAUCGUUGACAUGGCUAUGUCCACAGAAUCAAUUAUCAGUGCUGACCUAUGCUGGCGACUGCUGGCUGUUUCCUUGGAAGGGCUUCAGUUCUGCCUAGCUGAGACAGUGAAGCUGUUCAGAAGAGAACAUAUCUCCAUUGAUCUCCAGCUGGAUAUAGAACGCCUGGGACGAUAUCUCAUCAAAAGGGGCCUGAGUCUCGACGAAAUCGGCCAGCACAUACGUGUUGGAUGGAUCUUCAACACAAUCGCUGCCAUGAACUGA